UAGUUCAGACACCAUUCGAAAUGGCUGAAGUCCUUGAGGAAUUCAUCACCCUAACGCCCUUGACUUGUGUGCAACAAUGCAAUGCUUUACUAGGGUCAACGUCGGGAAAGCCGAGAAGCUGCUUCGUAUUUUUUACACUAUUUGGCGUAUACUGCGGCGUUCUCAUCUUUCGGGCGUAUCGCACAUAUUCCUCUAAGCAAGAAGGAGUCGAGGAGAAGAUGACCGAAGGAGUUACCCUUGAGGCUAAGGCGGAAGAUUUGAACAUAGAACCAGGUCCCAGUCUUGUACAUGGAUAUGUAGAUCAAACAAAGCCGAUUCUGUUGCAACCCGUCGGUUUUUCCAGUACUGACAUGAGAUGGCGCUAUUGCAACGACUUGCCGGAAGCAGAAUUAGCACAAGGCUCUGAUUGUGAAAACAGAGUAACCGAAAAAGAUGACAUUGAUGACCUCGAAAGGAUGAGCAAUGUUGUGGAUGAUAAUGAUGUGCAGAAGCCGGUUGCAUCCACAUCGAUGGCAACGGCUCGGGCGCCUGAGGAUAACGCCGAUGGUGAACACGUCGAGCCCACACCAUUUUCGGUGUGAAACACGAUGCAUUUUAGCAAAUUUAUCGUGUGAUUGACAUUGAAAUAAAUCAUCUUUUAAGACCCUUUCAAAACGUA